GAGACAUGGCUAGAUUUGCUAUUGUUCACUGGGAAGACCAUUUUGUUAGCCUAAUUAACUUAGAGACAGUGAAAGAACCACGUAAACCUGUGCUGGAAUACAGAGAAGGGGAAUUCAUUACUGCCACAUAUGGUAAAAAACCGUACAAGGCGAGGAUUUCAGAAAUCAGUACAGAUCGAGCAUCAUUACAGUCAAAGAGCAAGGACGGGAAGUUUCCACUUAAGUAUACUUACAGUGAUGAUGUUCCUGUUGUAGAGGGAAACUUGGACAAAUCUACAGUAAGCACGUCUCGCCAAGAUGAAGAAGAGGCAACAUAUUCCUUAGAGCCAGAAGUUGUUCAGCGGGAUGUUCAGCGGAAUUAUGACAGUACUAGUGACUUAUCAACUAUCAAUGAAGAAAUGCCACCAGUUGGAGAAUCAACACCAGAUACAGACACCACAGCAAGUGAUGUUGUCGACACCACUGUAGAAAUGCCUUUGCAAGUUACCCCUGAAGCAAAAAGACAUUCAAGAAGUCCAACCCCACCUUCUUUAUCUAGCAAAGUAAGAAAGUUGGAGAAAAAGUAUGAAGCUCUGGAAAGAGAGGUAAGGCACCUCAAAAAAAAGCUACGGGCUUCCGUUGCAGAUGUGGCCCCACACACAGUUCCUGGGCCAAGCAGCAGUCCUCAGGCAGCAUCUGAUGGCCCAAGUGUGGAGGAACUGUUGCAGUGUGUAUCACAUUUAUCAAGUAAAGAUGUUGGGAUUAUCCUCCGUACUUUGGUCUACAAAGUUUUUGAAAACGAGGAUCUCCUCAACUGUUCAAGGACAGGGAAGAAAACUGUGAAUUCAAGAGAUAACCCUAAACCUCCAUUGAAUGCUAUUAAGUUAGAGAUUGUGCAAACAGCCAUCAUGAGAAAGUGCGAAAUAAGUGUUGAGGUCUUCAAAAAAAAAUUUGACAAUUUUUUGAAAAUGGAAAGACGUAAGAGUCGUGUAGCAAGUUCACAAAUGAUCUAAACCUGUAUCUUAAAUGUAUCUUAAAUGUAUCUUAAAACUUGAACAUUUUGAAGACGAGUUUGUGUAAUUAAAAUAAUGUAAAAAUGAAAACCUAGUCUCUUUCAGUUUUUUACAGCAGGUAUCCUGUGAGAAAUGGCGGAUAGUAACCAAGACAUUAAAGAAGGUUUCAGUGACUAUUAGGUGAAAAUGGUAAUGUUUCUCUUGAACAGAUUUGGGACCUGUCAGGAAUGCUGUAGAACAGGUCAUGAACUCCAUCAGUAUUAAAAUGCUGGAACAGUGAAUGAAGUGUUCUAGAUCAUAACUGGUAGGGCUGAAACUGUUCUAGAACAAUUCAGGAAAAAGAUGUAAUUAGGACAGUUCAAGAAAUUUAAUUCUAGAACGUUAAAUGCUGUUGAAAAUCCAUGUCUCAUUUAACGUUCUAGAACAAUUCCUGAGUGUUUCUUCACGAACAACUCUGUAAUUUUUGUUCCAGAUCAAUCCCUGAUUCUGAUGUUCUAGAACUGUUGAUUGAUGCUACUGUUCUUGAACUCCUUUGUUCUGGUACACUUCCAGUGUUGUCUCAUUUAACAAAAUUUAACGUUCUUGAACUGCACCAGAUCAAUAAUGGUACAUUUUUAGUGGUUCU